UAGUUCACCAGUGCAGGGACAGAAAACAAAUCUAAUAUCGCACUACUGAUAUGCUAUUAUCAGUAUUUUACUGAUUGACUACACAAUCAAGCGCUAGGUCCGAUAAUGAUAAAUUUUGUAAGAUAUGUCGAAGUAUUGCAGCGACGGUGCGCGAUUAAUAGCGAUGCGCAAUCCAGUUUGUAGAUAAAAAAAACGAUGACUAGUUCUACAGGUUAAUAGACGAUACGUGUGUUAAAUGUAAUUCCACCGUUUCGAAGCAACUGCGAGGGCAAAUGCAUUUCCGAGAUUGAGACAAAUACAAUAAUAAUAGAAUUCACGCGGCUGACGAGAGCGUGGGCGUUCACAAGUGCGUGCGUUUAUUGGAGCACGUGCACACAUGCGCAAAGUGCCACAAUACGUGUAGUGGUAAUAGUGGUAUCAGUCUGACAGUAUCCGGCCUUCACCAGUGCGCGCUGAUGUUGGCCGUUGCGUGCGGUAUGCGUAUACAAGACCGGAGAAGGAAUGACUGUCAAACAUGAUGCACCGAAAUUGUUCAAGCUGAAGCGGCCAGGAAAAGCCGAAGGAUAAUGGGUGGGAUAAACUGGGGCGAGUUGUUCCCAGGAAGGUGGAGUCCUGUCAUUUUCGUCUCUUACAUAGCUCUGUUCGUGAACCAAGGUAUUCUCGUGACGUGGUCUCAGAGAAGCGGCCGCUACGAGUACAACAUUGUAGCGGUCGUGCUGAUGACGGAGGUUCUAAAACUGGUCAUAUCUACAGCGCUGUACUGCAAAGACAAUAGCAUUCUGACGCUUCUCCAGGAGACGAGGAGGAACAAAAAGGUGCUUCUGCUGUAUAUGAUACCCGCGCUUUUGUACUGCCUCUACAACAAUCUAGCGUUUGUCAAUCUGGCUAGAUUUGACCCCACAACUUACUACGUCCUGCUGCAGCUGCGCGUUGUACUUACGGGAAUUAUUUUCCAGGUCAUUUUUAGAAAAAAGUUAUCCUCGACGCAGUGGUUUUCUCUGCUGAUCCUGACAGUCGGCUGCAUGGUAAAGCAUUUUGACGCCCGCGUCCUUGGCACGGAAUUCCACGCGGAUAUUUUUCUACUUUUAAUUCUUGUACAGACAACAUGCUCCUGUCUAGCCGGUGUAUAUAACGAAUAUUUGCUGAAGCGGCAGGGCGCGGACAUCGACAUUUUUAUACAGAAUGUAUUUAUGUACAUCGACAGUAUUUUCUGCAACGUCGUGGCGAUUAUCCUGUUAAGUGCGUUUACGAGCGGCGCGAGCGACACGCUGGCUAACGUCGAGCUCGGUACGUUUCUGCAGCCGAAAGUGAUUCUCAUUAUGUUGAACAAUUCGCUCGUCGGGAUAAUAACGAGCUUCUUUCUGAAGACCUUGAACUCGAUACUAAAGACCUUCGCCAGCGCGGUGGAGCUAGUUUUCACGGCGAUGCUGUGCUGGAUUUUGUUUAGCAUACCGAUUAGCGCCAACACCAUCGUUUCCAUAGCCAUGGUGAGCUUCGCUGUCAUUUUGUAUUCGAGAAAUCCCGUGCAGAACGCCGAGCCCAGGAAGACUGCGGAGAGCGGGGAGCUUUUGGUGUAAACGACAGUAUUAAAGUACUCUCUUCCAAACGACAAUGUGGUCGCGACGGUUACGUACCAAACGAAAUCGCGAGAAACGAAAAUGUACGUUACCAGUGAGUCUAAUCUACAAUGUGCUCUCUGUAUCUAGAAACAUUCUAUUUUGUAGUCACUAAAUACAUUUAAAAAGUUUGCGCAAGUGAAUGAAUUACAUACUGUACAAUCGUACAUUGUCGACAAAUGUCUUAAGCGUUUCGAUUUGUUUAUAUAAAAUAGAAUGUUUCUAGAUGCAGAAAGCACAUUGUAGAUUAGGCUUUAGCGUUAAGCUAUUGCAAGUGUUUUGUUGCGGCACGAUGAUUAUGUGAUACAAGGUUAUUAAUUUAAGACAAUGACUGAACGCUCGAAUAAAAGUAACGCGGUUUCUUUCGACAAA